AUGAUGGAGUGGACGAGGGCGUGGCCGCUCGCUCUGCUGGCCGUGGCGUCCCUUUGCCUGGGCCCCGCCGGGGGCCGGAGCCCCGUCUUCUGCUCCAAGACCCUGAUCAACAACGUGGUGGCCGACCCGCGCACGGGGCGCCUGUACGCGGGCGCCGUCAACGCGCUCUACCAGCUGAGCCCUGACCUCCGGGUGGAGUCCCAGACGGAGACGGGCCCCCGCCGCGACAACCGGCAGUGCACGCCGCCCGUCACCGACUCCUGCGAGGAGGCGGAGAGCACCGACAACCACAACAAGCUGCUGCUGGUGCACGCCGCCAACGGGAGCCUGGUGGCGUGCGGCAGCAUCUUCCGGGGCAUCUGCUCGCUCAGGAACCUCAGCGACGUGGACCACCUGCUCUACUUCCGCGACACCAACGGGGAGAAGUCCUACGUGGCCAGCGCCGAGGAGGGCGUGUCGGUGGUGGGGGUGAUGUCGUACUACAGCACGGGAAAGGAGAACCUCCCGGUGUUCCUGGUGAGGAGGAAAACGCACACCCUCACACACUCACGCACACUCUCAAACACAUAUCAGACGGCUUUGCCGGACUUCCUGUGCCACGACAGCACCAAGCUGAUCUCCACCCGCAUCCUGGAGGAGACGGGCGACUGGGUGGCCUUCGACAGCAUCAUCGAGGCCUCGGCCGUGCAGGCCAACCCCUUCGUGCUGCGCUACCUGCACGACUUCCGCUUCGCCUUCAAGCACGGGGGCUUCGUCUACUUCCUGUUCUCGCGCACGCUCGGGAUGCAGGACACCAAGAACUUCACCUUCAUCGCCCGCAUGUGCGAGGACGACAAGAGCUACUACUCCUACACCGAGCUGCAGCUCAACUGCAGCGCCAACAACAAGUUCAACAAGGCUCAGUCGGUGACGAGGUGCUGUUUGUCACCUUCACUUCUGAUGAAGACUCGUCCACUUCGGCCUUGUGUACGUAUCAUCGGCAGUCCUGGAAAUGUGCACCCUGCAGCCGAGCAGAGCGGAGCCAAAAGCCUUUCAUUUUACCGUAUGUACCCUUUGGACUUCAUCAAUGACAAAAUAAUGGGGAUAAUUGAAGCCUGCUACAGCAACAACGGCAUCAUCAAAAAUAAGCCUGCCGUCUACUCGCCUUAUUCCUCCAAGUCUGAGGACCUGUGCAGCAGCAACAAUCAGAAUUACAUGGCGCUUAAAUACAAGUGUGGGGCAGAGUUUCUGCCCUCACCGCUGGCCAGCAAGGCCGAGUUUGCCUUAACGUCCGAGCCGUUAGUGGUCCGGAAGGGUCACAUGACGGCCGUGGCCGUGGCUGUGGAGAUGGGGCACACCGUGGCGUUCCUGGGCACCGCCACAGGAGAGCUCCUGAAGGUCCACUUGUCGGCUCGGCCUGAGGUGUAUUCCAGAGUGCCGGGCGAGGGGCCGGGAGACAGGGUCAACAAGAACCUGCUGUUGGAUUCCAGCCUCCAACACCUGUACGUCACCACCGAGAAAAAGAUCACCAAGGUUCCGGUCCAAGCCUGCCAUCUGAAGACCGACUGCUCCUCCUGCAUGAGCAUGAAGGAUCCCUACUGUGGCUGGUGUGUCCUGGAGGGAAAGUGUACCAGAAAGCAGGAUUGCGGCAGGUCGGCGGAGAGAAACACCUGGCUGUGGUCACCCGAUCAGAAGUGUGUGGAGAUCGAGGCCUUCAGCCCCAUGAACAUCAGCUGUAAGAAGACUCAGCAGGUUGACAUCAGCAUCCCCAGCCUCCCCCGGCUGCAGGAGCAGGAUAAGCUGCUGUGUGUGUUCGGCCACUUCAGCACCGACGCCGUCAUGCACGCCCGCGGCCCGCUGCUGGUGCUGGUGAACAGGACCAUCGAGGUCACGUCUGGAGAGUACAGCUUCUACAACUGUGCCGCGACGGUCAGGAAAAACGGAAACACGCCCUGCAUAGCGUGUGUCACCAGCCAGUGGGGCUGUCAGUGGAACGCCCGGGAUCACAUCUGCAGCGACAGGGACGAUUCAGUGGAGGGGGGUCACAUAGUCAAACCCCAACAGUCGGAGAACUGUCCCCAGUUCGAGUCUCCGGAGCCGAUCCUGAUCCCCGUCGGCUUCGAGAUCCCCAUCGGCUUCCAGGGGAGAAACCUGGGAAUUUACGAGGGCCGGAGGUUCUCCAUCGGGACCGAGUUGAUGAAACACACGGAGGAGGAGGUCAUUCAGGAGCUGGACUCUACCUUUAAAUUCAAAGGCUAUCAGUUCGCCUAUGACAAGCUGCAGGAGGUGAACGUAUCCUUUCAUGUCAAAGACAGAGACACCGGGAAGAAGAUUGACAGCACCCUGACAGUGGUGCUGUACAACUGCUCGGUGGGGAGGGAGGACUGCAGCCUGUGCAAGCACGCCCACGCCAAGUACCAGUGCGUGUGGUGCACGGCCUCCCGGGCCUGCGUCUACAGCCGGAUCUGCACCACACCGCCGCCCGCCCACUGCCCCGACCCCGAGAUAUCCGACCUGAGCAUCUUAUUUUUCUUCCACCUGCUGCAGAUCAUCCCCCGCUACGGCCCCCUGAACGGUCAGAUCUCUGUGACCAUCAGAGGCUCAAACAUGGGAAUAAAGAAGGAGGACAUCAAAAAGAUCACGGUGGCCGGAGUGAACUGCGAUCACCUGGAAGACAGAUACUCCAAAGCCCCCCCGUACGACCUCCCGGUGGAGCCCUCCCUCAGCGGCGCCGUGGAGAUCGAGGUGGACGGCGGCCGGAGAGGAGUGUCCAGGGUCAAGUUCACCUAUCGGGAUCCCGAACCAAAAAGUGUCCACCCAUCCAAGGGUCCUGCAGCUGGAGGAACUGAGAUCACCAUCGUAGGAGACGACUUGGAGACGGCCACAAAGGAGGAUAUCGCCGUCACCAUCGGGAGCGUUCCCUGUGAAGUCUUGGCGUUCGGCAGGACCAUCACCUGUAAGACGGGCCGGUACCGGGGCCAGAAGGUGCCCUCGGAGCCCUUAACGGUGACGGUGAAGUACGGAAAAAAUACGGAAAAACACGUGCCCAUGGCCUUCCAGUACUGCGACAACCCCAAGAUCCUGGAUUAUAAACCCAAGGCCAGCUUCAUCUGUGGUGGUCGGAGGAUCGAGGUGACGGGAACCGGCUUCGAUCUUAUCCAGUCGGCUGUGAUGAAAGUCCUACCCUCGGCCGAUGACUUCUCCCAGAACACCACGCCUGCUAAGUUCGAGGAGGAGGCCCUGAAGAAGAACGACACCGUCCUGGUGUUCCACUCGCCGUCGGUGGCUAACUGCAGCGACAGCCAAUCCCUGAGGACCGUCCUCCAGCUGGACAACCUGGUCGAGGAGCUGACCGGCUUCAAAUACCACCCGGACCCCGUCUUCGACGAGCUGGCCAAGAACGUCAUCACGGAGAGGAGCAUCAUCGUGGUGACGGGUGAAGGGUUCUCAAAGGCCAUGACGCUCACCGAGGCCCAGGCUUUUGUCGGGGACGCCUCCUGUCACGUCAACAUACUGCAGGAUGAUAAGUUGUUCCUGGAGGCUCCUUCGUCGCAGCCAAAGGCCCGAUCCAAACGCCAGCGCAGGGACACAACCAACGACAUGCUGGACCUAUUGGUAAAGUUCGGCCGGGGGGAGUGGAUCGUGGGCACGGUCUACUACGCCCGAAAGGACGACAUCCCUCUGGCCAUCAUCGUCCCCGCCGUCAUCGUGCCCAUGCUGCUCUUCAUCGCCGUGUCCGUCUACUGCUACCGGAGGAAGAGUCAGCAGGCCGAGCGGGAGUACGAGAAGGUGAAGAAUCAGUUGGCCAACCUGGAGGAGAGCGUCAGAGAUCGCUGCAAGAAGGAGUUCACAGAUCUGAUGAUUGAAAUGGAGGACCACACCAGCGAUCUGAGUGAAGGACGGAUCCCCUUCCUGGACUACAAAACCUACACCGAUCGGAAUUUCUUCCUGCCCUCCAAAGAAGGCUCCAACGACCCGAUGAUCACCGGGAAAAUACAAAUCCCAGAAGUCCGCAGGGCCACGGUGGCCCAAGCCCUAAACCAGUUUUCCAACCUGCUGAACAGCAAAACAUUUCUCAUAAAUUUCAUCCACACGCUGGAGAGCCGGCCGGACUUUAACGCGCGGGCCCGCGGCUACUUCGCCUCCCUGCUGACCGUGGCGCUGCACGGCAAGCUGGAGUACUACACGGACAUCAUGAGGACGCUGCUCCUGGAGCUGAUGGACGAGCACGUGCAGAACAAAAACCCCAAACUCAUGCUCAGGAGGUCGGAGACGGUGGUGGAGAGGAUGCUCUGUAAUUGGAUGUCCAUCUGCUUGUACCAGUUCCUCCGGGACACAGCCGGAGAGCCCCUAUAUAAGCUGUACAAGGCCCUGAAGCACCAGGUGGAGAAGGGGCCGGUGGACGGGAAGCUGAAGAAGGCCAAGUACACGCUGAACGACACGGGGCUGCUGGGCGACGACGUGGAGUACUCCGUGCUGGUCAGUGCACGCUCCGGCCCCCCGGGGCCUUCGGUUCUGCCGGAACGAGCUCUGGGCUCCAACCAAUACGGCUAUCUAGCCUUCGUGAGGGGGAGGGGUCAUAGCCAGACUCUGCAGGUGCUGGUGCACGGGGAGGGGCCGGACGUGACCCCGGUCAAGGUCCUGAACUGUGACUCCAUCACACAGGUGAAAGAGAAGAUCAUCGAGCAGGUGUACAGGAACCUGCCGUACUCCCAGAGGCCUAAAGUGGAGAGUGUAGCACUCGAGUGGCGUCCUGGCUCCACGGGUCAGAUCCUGUCUGACCUGGACCUCACCUCGCAGAAAGAAGGACGCUGGAAGAGGCUCAACACCUUGGCUCAUUAUAACGUCCGGGAUAAUGCCACAUUGGUUCUGUCCAGAGUUUUGCACACGCAGUCGUUUCAUCAGCACCAGGACAGCCAUGACGAGACCCGGCCGGACUGUCCGCACAUGUCCACACAAUCUGACGGCCCUCUCCUCUCCGGUGCAGAGAACGCGCUGCUGGAGGACGACAACACCUACCACCUGGGCACUCUGCAGCAGUUUGUGGACGACUUCUUCCGCAGCGUGCUGUGCUCCAGCUCCAUCGUCCCGCCCGCCGUCAAGUACUUCUUCGACUUCCUGGACGAGCAGGCGCACCGGCACGAGAACGUGGACGAGGAGACGCUGCAUAUCUGGAAGACCAACAGUUUGCCGAUGAGGUAUUGGGUGAACAUCCUGAGGAACCCGCACUUCAUCUUCGACGUGCACGUGACGGAGGUGGUGGACGCGUCCCUGCACGUCAUCGCGCAGACCUUCAUGGACGCCUGCACCAAGACGGAGCACAAGCUCAGCAGGGAGUCUCCCAGCAACAAGCUCCUCUAUGCAAAAGAGAUCUCAACGUACAAGAAAAUGGUGGACGAUUACUACAAAGGCAUCAGGCAGAUGAUUCCAGUCAGUGACCAGGACAUGAACACACACCUCGCCGAGGUGUCCAGGUUCUCGCUUUUUAAGAUUUUGAUCGGUGAUAUUUUGGCCACGUUCCGGCCGUUUAGGCCUCUGUUUUUGGGGGUGGACGUGACUAAAGCCGUUUCCUUCUCUCUGCAGCAACACACAGACAAGCUGAACACCCAGAUCAUCCAGUCUCUGGACGAUGACCCCGCCGCCCAGAACAAGCAGCUCACGCUCCGCCUCCAGCAGGUGGCCGCCGCCCUGGAGAACAAAGUGACCGACCUCUGA